GCCUCGACGUGCAAUCAUUCAACUUGGUCCAAGCGUUUUUAAUCGGAUCAAAUAAAUUCCGUGGCUUUCUUAGUUAAUGUUUGACUGUGAGCCUCAUCUUGACUUUUUCUAGGCCGCUGGGUUCCACCAAGAAACCUUAGAAAGAGGUACCCACUCAAACGCGCCGCGUUUAAUUCAAUUAACCUAGCCGCGUUACGUACCAAACUUCCGAACUUCCAACUUCAACCUCCAAUCAACCUUUCUCUAUCUCUCUUCAAUCCUCUUCCUAUCAACAAUUGAUAAUUGGCUAGGUACAAUACACAUACCUUGAAGUCUCCGCCAACCCCUCGUUUUCUUCCUACUAUGCGACCCGUCUUGAGAUGCCUACUGUGUAAUUGUAUCUGAGCUCCAUUGGCAAUACACGCUUUGCAACAAACGAGCGCAGCUCCGAUAUCAUUUUUCAACCGCCACAGGUAUUUUAGAGAUCAUGGCAUCUAAGCGCAAGGCCUCGGCAAUGGCUACGACUGCCGAUGAAGAGCCUGUAGAUCCUUCUGAUGAGUUAAUGUUCCUAUGCUUGGGAGGUGGAAAUGAAGUCGGUAGAUCAUGCCAUAUCAUACAAUACAAAGGAAAGACUGUCAUGCUUGAUGCUGGCCAACAUCCCGCGUACGAUGGUCUUGCCGCUCUUCCCUUCUUCGAUGACUUCGACUUAAGCACUGUCGAUGUGCUCCUAAUUAGCCAUUUCCACAUAGACCAUGCCGCGUCUCUACCUUAUGUUUUAGCGAAGACCAACUUCAGAGGCCGAGUCUUCAUGACGCAUCCGACAAAAGCUAUCUACAAAUGGCUCAUCCAAGACAGUGUCCGAGUUGGCAAUACUUCCUCGAAUCCUACGUCACAGCCCGUAUACACAGAACAGGACCAUCUAAACACCUUCCCUCAGAUCGAGGCUAUCGACUAUCACACCACCCACACCAUCUCAUCUAUCCGGAUUACUCCAUAUCCCGCUGGUCAUGUGCUAGGCGCUGCCAUGUUCCUCAUAGAGAUUGCGGGGCUGAACAUCUUUUUUACCGGAGACUACUCUCGCGAACAAGACCGACAUCUCGUCUCCGCUGAAGUCCCUAGAGGCAUUAAGAUCGACGUGCUUAUUACUGAAUCAACAUACGGAGUAUCAACACAUGUUCCUAGAUUAGAGAGGGAGCAAGCGUUAAUGAAAUCCAUUACUAGUAUCCUAAACCGAGGCGGACGGGUCCUGAUGCCAGUGUUCGCUCUAGGUAGGGCACAGGAGCUGCUGUUGAUCCUGGACGAGUACUGGGGUAAGCACUCAGAAUUCCAGAAGAUUCCUAUCUAUUAUGCAAGUAACCUUGCCCGAAAAUGUAUGGUCGUAUACCAGACCUACGUCGGCGCCAUGAACGACAACAUCAAGCGUUUGUUCAGAGAGCGGAUGGCCGAAGCAGAAGCUGCGGGAGAUGGUGCGGGUAAAGGCGGUCCGUGGGAUUUCAAGUAUAUCAGAUCACUGAAAAACCUCGAUCGAUUCGACGAUGUCGGUGGCUGCGUUAUGCUUGCGAGUCCCGGUAUGCUACAGAACGGAGUCAGCAGAGAACUGCUAGAGAGAUGGGCGCCGAAUGAAAAGAACGGUGUUAUCAUCACAGGUUACAGUGUCGAAGGCACUAUGGCGAAACACAUUGUUCAGGAACCGGAUCAAAUCCAAGCUGUCAUGUCAAGGAAUCUCAACGCAGUCAGGAGAGCACCUGGCGGCGACGGUGAGAAAGUCAUGAUACCUCGAAGAUGUAGUGUCGCCGAAUACUCCUUCGCUGCUCAUGUUGACGGCCAAGAAAACAAGGAGUUCAUCGAAGAAGUCGCAGCUCCUGUGGUGAUUCUGGUCCAUGGCGAACAGCACAACAUGAUGCGGUUGAAAUCGAAAUUGCUAUCUCUUAACGCGAGCAAGGCAGACAAAGUCAAGGUUUACAGCCCGAGGAAUUGUGAAGAAUUGCGAAUCCCAUUCAAGACGGAUAAAGUAGCCAAGGUUGUUGGCAAGCUGGCAUCCAUACCCCCUCCCAAGCAGUUGCCUACGCCUGACGACCAAACCACGGAAUUGAUCGCCGGAGUUAUAGUGCAGAACGACUUCAAGAUGUCGUUGAUGGACCCGGAAGACUUGCGGGAAUAUGCGGGUCUGACAACGUCGACAAUCGCAUGCCGGCAACGAUUUACAUUAAGCGCUGCUGGCAUUGACCUUAUCAAAUGGGCAUUGGAGGGCACGUUUGGUGAUAUCGAGGAACUUCCGGAGACAAAGAACCGCAAGGAAAACUAUGAUGCCGAAGCAAAUGGGAAUGGCAAGAUGCCUGACGCCGACGAGGAAGUUGCACAAUUGGUCGCGGCAUAUUUAGUCAUGGGCUGCAUCACGGUGCGGUAUCGCAACAACGGUGAGGUAGAAUUAGAGUGGGAGGGGAACAUGCUCAACGACGGCAUCGCGGAUGCCGUAAUGGCAGUUCUCUUGUCGGUAGAGAGCAGCCCUGCUGCUGUGAAGCGAUCCGCGAGCAAGAAUCCGCAUUCCCACGGGCUACCGGCCCGAAACCCCCACGCGAAUCUCACACCGGCGGAGCGGCUCGAACGCCUGUUUCUCUUCCUCGAGGCGCAGUUCGGGGUCGAUGCCCUGGCCCCCGUGGCAACUCCUAAGUUGCCGCCUCUAGUCAAGGACAAGAAGCCUAAGAAGUCGGAAGACGACGAUGACGAUGCUGCCUCGGACGCCUCUAUGGAGUUAUCGGACGAUGGUGAGGAAGAGGAACGGCUGCUGGAACUACGGCAGCAGACGGAGCUCGAACGGUUGCAUAAGAUUGGCAUCCCCGUGCCCGGAGUUACCAUCAAGGUAGACAAGAUGUUGGCUACGGUCUGGCUAGAGGAUCUAGAAGUUGAAUGCAACAAUAAGGCAUUCGCAGACAGGGUCAAGGCUGUCGUUGAACGGGCCGUUGAGGUAACGGCUCCUUUAUGGGGCUAAACAAUUAUACCUUGGGGUAGAUAGAUCCGCAGGGAAGACCAUACGGUCACUGCAUGCCUAGCUAUUAAUUGGGUUUGGGUGGUGGCGGGUUUAAAAGGGUAUACCGGGCCUGGCUAUAUCAGGUCUACACAGGCGCGCGCGAAUUCUGAUGGUGUUGAGGGGAGGCUCUACAAGCCUCAUUCCAUCCGAAGUUACGCGUUUCAUAAUGCCGACCUUCGAAAGACAUGGCCGAAUCAUCCGAUCAUCGUGCGAUCUCUCGAUCGCGAGUUAUACCCUCGAUAGGUAGAAUAAUGUGCAGAUGAUAAUAUGAUUAGAAGAGAAGGCGUAGACUAAAGGUAAUCACGCCGAAUUCAACGAAAAUAAGCCGAGUUAUAAUCCGUUUGACGGGUUUAGCAGAUUAUUGAAACCCCGGAUUGGUGAUAUUCUGCCUUGAUUGCAAAUCUCUCCCUAUACACCACCGAGGAUGAUGAUUGGGGUCACAUCUAUAAUGAAAGUGAGAUCUUAGGGAUCAUUACCAUACUAUCUACAUAAUAUACAAAGAGGAAUAGAUGAUUAUGCCCAGUUGAAUGCCUUAGGAGUACCU